AUGAAGUGGAAGGCGCUUGUCAUCGCGGCCGUCCUGCAAGCUCAGUUCCCAGGCACAGACGCACAGAGCUUCGGCCUGCUGGAUCCCAAACUCUGCUACCUGCUGGAUGGAAUCCUCUUCAUCUAUGGUGUUAUUGUCACUGCUUUGUUCCUGAGAGCAAAGUUCAGCAGGAGCGCAGACAACUCCGCGCACCAGCAAGGCCAGAACCAGCUCUACAAUGAGCUCAAUCUAGGACGGAGAGAGGAGUAUGACAUUUUGGAUAAGAGACGGGUGCCCGAUCCUGAAAUGGGAGGGAAGCAGCAGAGGAGGAAGAAUCCUCAGGAAGGCCUAUACAAUGCCCUGCAGAAAGACAAGAUGGCAGAGGCCUACAGCGAGAUUAAGGUAAAAGGCGAGAACCAGAGGAGGAGAGGCAAGGGACACGAUGCCCUGUACCAGGGGCUCAGCACAGCCACCAAGGAUACCUAUGAUGCCCUCCACAUGCAGGCCCUGCCCCCUCGCUAACAGCCAGGGGUUGCAACCCUCACAGGCCAGACCUGUAGACGCCCAGAUUGUGAGACACAAGAUCUUUAUCAACCCAGUUCACUCAUAUUUCUUGACUACCAAAGUAUUCCUCUUUGUGACUAGGAUGCUUUGGUCAUAUCCGAUUCCAAACCAUCAGAACCAGAAUCUUGUCCCUGGACUCUUUUAGGGGAAUGCAUGCCCCAGGGUUAUAGCCCUGAUCUUGGGACUUCUGGCUUGCUGGUGACCAUAAGCAGACGCCUCUCCUGGCGGCCCUGGGCUGUCACUGAGAGGUGUCUCUGCACUGUCACUGGGACGCAGCCACACUCCCUCUCACAGCUGAGUUGCUGAUUCUGUGCUUUGUAAAGUCCCCAGAUGCUAGCACAUGUCCUAAUAGUCGCUAUCGUCCGGUCAGUAUUUGAGUGGCUUUGCUCUGUUGUAAAUUUGGUUUCUGUUGUUAGACUUUCCUUCCUUUUAGGGUAACUUGUAACAGGGCUGUGUUAUACCUACCUGUGAAAGGGAUGGGCAUUUGGGAAGGGGUAAAUGGCUAGCGGGGAAGGUAUGGGGCAUGAGGGCAGCCAGGGGCCUCCUUCCACGAGGCCUACAUUCCACAUUCGUGCAUGUGUGCCGGGCACUACGGGGCUGGAAGAUGAACAGGACCGUCUCUGAAUUGUGCACAAACUGGUAUAAAACACAUCAUGAUGUCAUUACACAACAUGAACAGAGCAUGCGGGAGCAGGAGAAGUUGGGCAGCGAGCCUAUGUUCUUCCCGGCCCUUGGGCUGCCUGGGACUUGCAGUGGAUGAACGUUGUCAGCUCUUCACUGUGAAGGCCUCGAGGAAAGAUGCGACACCACGAGAACUGUCAGGAUCCCAGGGGACAGUGGCAUGUUGGGAAAUCCUCAGUCAGCCUGCCUGGAACAUUGCUGUUUAAUUAAAGGGCACAUGACCGUGGAAGGGAAAGCCUCUCUGCUCUACUUGGUUUUAAUUUAUACUGUACUGGAUUGCUAAGGCCUCACUAUUUUGCAUAAUAAAAACUGCUUCAGU